GAGAGAGAGAGAGAGGGGGGUUCAUAGCUUUAACAUAGAGAAGCUUCUUUCUUCUUUUCCUUUAUUAUUCUUUAAUUCCUUUGCUUUGUUCUCCCUCUUCUUUGCUAUGCUCUUUUCUUGGGCUAUGAUCAUUGUUGGCCUUAUUAUCUUUUGCUUGUGCUAUAGAAGAGGAAAGAAUAUAUAAGAGCUAGAGAGAGAGAGAGAGAGAGAGAGAGAGGGUUGUGUAUGAAGGAGAUAUAUGUGACAUGCAUGGUGCAAGUGGAUAUAGAAGAUAGAUGACAUGGUGGAUAAGAAUAUAGCUUCUUCCACGGCUCAAACAAGCAAAGAGAUUCGUGUAAGCUUGAUCAAGACAUGCCCAUCAUGCGGUCAUCGUGUCCAAUAUGAGGAUCACCUGCAGACUGCAGCGGGCCUGCCGGCCGGAGUGAAGUUCGACCCGACCGACCAGGAGCUUUUGGAGCACUUGGAGGCUAAGGCGAGGCCCGGGUCGCGAAAACUCCACCCUCUCAUCGACGACUACAUCCCGACGAUCGAAGGCGACGACGGCAUAUGCUACACUCACCCCGAGAGGCUCCCCGGAGUCAGCAGGGACGGCUUAAUCCGGCACUUCUUCCACCGGCCGUCGCGUGCGUACACGACCGGCACGCGGAAGCGGCGGAAGGUGCACACCGCCGACCCGCAAUGCGGCGAGACGCGGUGGCACAAGACAGGAAAGACACGGCCCGUGUUCGGCCCCGAGGGGAACCUCCUAGGGUACAAGAAGAUCUUGGUCCUCUACACCAGCUACGGCAAGCAAAAGAAGCCGGAGAAAACCAACUGGGUCACGCACCAGUACCACCUCGGCGCCGACGACGAGGAGAAGGACGGCGAGCUCGUCGUGUCGAAGGUGUUCUACCAGACGCAGCCGCGACAGUGCGGCGGCGUAAGAGAGGACGCGGUACGGAGCAGCUUCAAGGGACAGAGUAGCAGUAGCGUCGACAUUGAGGGCGACGAGGUUGCGUACAAAGAAGGGCACGUCGCCGAGUUCUACGGCACGGGGUUGUUAGGUUACAACCAAGGAGGAAAUGGUAACGGUGGUAGUAAUAGCAGUAAAGCCAGUUCCGCACAUGUGAUAGCUAGUUUCGCUUUGCAUGCGUGCGGACCGAGUUUUAUUGGGUAAAUGUGGUUUUGAAUAAUAUUGUAGAUUUACAUGUUAAAAGAAAAUUAAACUUUGAUAAGAAAGAUGUAAUUAAAAUGUAUCUUGUGAUGUAUGUGUGUAAGUAACAUGUUAUAUAAAAGAGCUAAUUGUUCUAUGCCUAUUUAGAUGUCAUGAUCUAUUUAACAUGUUACCCA